AACGCACACCUAGUGGGAGCGACUUGGCAUUAUGACGUCCUAUGUGACGUUUGCUACCAGGAAAUGAAUGUAAACAUAACAAUCGAAAGAGAAACGCAAAUGAAUUUGCAUAAUUCUACAAAAGAUCUCUCGAUGCUGGGUGCUAAAUACGACUUUGCAGCACGAGUUGAAAUUCAUGGUUAGCUGGAAUAUAUGAUUGCCAAUUCUAGAAGAGGUUAAACGCAGUAGCUUGGAGGCUGGCUAAUAGCUCAAUAAACCGCACUUCGGGGUGCAGAGAAUUUGCAAGAAGCUGAUGACACCUCGACAGAUGGUGUGCCAACCAGGAACAACCUAAUGGUGUUGUUGGAAACAUAUUGGUCCAAUUCACAUAGGUCCAGACAUGUUUGCCACAAGGCCACCUGAGGAAGAGUCCUCAGAGAUGGUGGAGGAGAUGGACACGUCAGAGGCUGUCUGGUGCUGGUAUUACCUAGCUGAGUGUGGAGUGUGGCACAUGUUUGAGAUUGAUCCAAGUGCUGCAUGCUCUGUGACCAGUGAGCAGAUAGAACAGAAUUACAGCAGGAAUCAACACGGUGUCAUGGAGUUUUACACCGCCAAGUACACCUACAGACUGGACUUCUCAGUCAUGAAGCAGAUCAAUGUCACGACCGGGAAACAACGGCCAAUCAAACGGGCCUUCCACUCUGCCACUGGCUUUAGGUUUAUUUGUGAUAAUCUGGCCCUGCCGGUGCCCUGCCACUGGGAGAGAAUAAAUACAGAUGAGCCUUAUCAGCUCGUUUCAUUGGCCAGAGACACUUAUGAGUUCAAGGAAGUGGUCAGACUCUAUGAAAGGACCAUGUGUCACCCUAUCAAAUCUAUUCAGAGGAUACAGAACCUGGAUCUGUGGGAGUUCUUUUGCAGGAAAAAACAACAAUUACGCAAGAUAAAGCGAGUUGUGGACAUUGAGGAGAAAAUGUUAUUUCAUGGCACUGGCCACAGCAACGUACAGGCUAUAUGCACAUAUAACUUUGACUGGCGGCUAACUGGGAGCCACGGGGACGUCUAUGGCAGAGGGAGUUAUUUCGCCCGAGACGCCAAGUAUUCCAGCAAAUUCUGCCUUACGACGGGGAAACAUAACUUUGCCUUGCAGAAGCACGGACUAGCCCCGCCAAUAUUUUCAAGCGAGCCUCCAUAUAAGACCAUGUUCCUGGCCAGAGUGCUGGUCGGCGAGUCCACGUUAGGCAACCCGCUCUUCUGCCGACCGCCAUCCAAGGACAUGAGCUACAGCAACUUCUUCGACAGCUGUGUGGACGACCUCGCCAACCCAAAGAUCUAUGUCAUCUUCGACUGCAACCAGAUUUACCCAGAGUAUCUCAUUGAGUUCUACUGACGCCUAUGGGUUGAUCAGGGACGUUAUUACACAAUGUACAGGGGAUGGACUUUUUUUUACCAGGACGGGAUUGGGAUUCAGAAACAUUGGGGGAAAGGUCGAGAGAGGAGGGUCUCAAUGGACGGCCAUGAUGACUUCCUGCUGUUUGAUACAAGGCCUGACUUGGACUUGGAUCAUAAGAAGUGCCUUAAUGGAUUACUAUGGCAGAACAAAGAAGUUGAUAGAAGAGGACUAUGCUUCUAUAAAAGCUGUAAAGUUUGUACAGA